AUGAAAGAAAAACCAUCUGUAAGUGCAAACGACGGUGAAAAUAAAGAAAGUAUAACACUCAUUUGGUUUGAUCCAAAUAUUGGUUCACGUGAAAAUACAGAAAUCACAAAACAGCAGCUUCAUUCGAUUAAUGAUUAUGUUAUUUUUCAUAUCGAUCUUGAACGGUGUAUUAAAUUUAUUCAAACCACUAAUAAAGAAAAGAUCUUUUUAAUUACAUCAGGAUCAAAAGCAUCACAAAUUUUACCUCGAAUUUGUUCUUUUCAUCAAAUCGAUUCCAUUUUUAUCUUUUGUAUGAAAAAAGAAAGAUAUGAAUAUUUAUUAAAUGAAUAUUGCAAUAUAAUUGGUAUUUAUAUUAAUCUUGAUGAUUUAUGUAAAUCAAUUAAAGAACAAACUGAUCUUGUUAAUAAGCAAAUACAAACAUUUUCUUUUUUUGAUCAACAUGAAAAAUCGAUCAAAGAUUUAUCCAAAGAAUCCGCACAGUUUCUUUGGUUUCAAGUAUUCAAUUAUGUUAUUUUUCGUCUCCCCCGAGAUCAACAAGCAAAAGAACAAAUGAUUCAAAUGUGUAAAGAAUAUUAUCGUGGAAAUACAAAAGAAAUGAAAUUAAUUCAAGAGUUUGAACAAAAUUAUAGAGCAGAAGAUGCAAUUCGUUGGUAUUCAAAACAAUCAUUUGUUUAUAAAUUAAUUAAUAAAGCAUUAAGAACAGAAGAUGUUGAUCUAUUAUAUAAAUUUCGUUUUUUUAUUGGUGAUCUUUCUGGAAGUCUUCAAUGCCAACAUGAAAAGAUCGUAAAAUCAGAAGAAAAAAUUUUGAAUGUUUAUCGAGGAGUGAUACUGGACAGAGAAGAAUUUGAUAAAUUAAAAGAAAAUCAAGAAAAGCUUAUUUCAACAAAUGGAUAUUUAUCAACUAGUCGAGACAGAUCAUUAGCAUUAAGUUUUGCAUUAAAACCAACAAAAAGAAUUGAUGUUAUUUCUGCUCUUUUCCAUAUCCGAUGUCAUAUUAAACAAAUUGAUAAAAAUAUUAUUUUUGCUGACAUUAAUGAA